CCCGGUAGAGCCAGUCUGGCUGCGGCUGCCGACAGUGCGAGGUGGAGUAUUUUUGGCCUAUAACUCUUCAGACGAGCGCUCUCAGUUUUCUGUUCCUUACCUGGUGAUAAACGUACGAACGCUGUUCUUCGCCCUUGAAAUAAAAGAAGAACCCCUCAUCGCGAUCUACUGGAGUAAAUUAAGAGAGGUAGUCGUGAUACGGCACUGAAAAGAAAAGCAGAAAAAAUAGGAUUGCUUUCUCCGGGUAGCUGGAGAGUUGCAGCAUAUCAAGCACCAUCAGCCCCUACGAUCUCCCCUUCGCUUCUCCUUCCUCCUGCAGCAGCCCCUCCUAACUAUUCCUGCUCCUCCUUCUCCACCAAGCCAUCGCCAUGCAGAACCUCGACGCAACGGGGACGACGAUAGUUAUUACCAUUCUCCUCGAGGGAACGUAGUAACGGAGUCUUCUCUCUUCCAGAAAUAGUUCAGAAAGUUCAUUCCCAAAGUCAACGCCGAAGUCAAAAUUUCAUUUCCUUUUAUCAAUAUCUGUUUCUUUUCCCUCAAACUUUCGCAGCUCCUUCUCGCCUCUUCCUCUUGCUCGGGCGUCGACAAAUUCAUACCAAUCUCGUUUGAUUCAUAAUCGCAUAUCAUCGCUUCCUCUUCCCCUCACUAUCAUCAUUACCAUUAUCAUACCUGUCGUCUGUUUGGAUUCAUCAAGUUCCCAGACCGAGUGAAAAAUGUAUUUAACCCCGUAAGGAACAAAAAUCCAAUGCCAACUACAGAACAAGCAGUCACAGUCUUCAGAUUGAGUCAAGCCCAAAGAUAUCCAAGUAUAAGAAGACCCUAACUUACACACAGUACGCAAACCUGCCUAAAACCCUUCAGCAUGAAAGAGCUCUCAAAAUGACAGUUUUAUAGGAGAACCAAUAAUCCAUCUCCCUUCCAUGCAAACGUCUUGACAACCAAGCAACCGGAUUUUGUGGAUUCUGUUGAUGCACAUCUUUCGACUGAACCGUGAGUGGGAGUUUCUGUCUAGCAAGUAAAAUCAAAAGCAAGCGUUUGAGCAUUUUGCUUACUAGAUACAUCAAGUAAGUGGAAAGCCCGAAAGUAACUGAAAGCAACUAGAACUAAAGCAUGCGGAAAGAAGCCGAAUAAGGCACAGAAAGAAGAAACGUGAAAUGAGUGAAAAAGUGAAAAUCGCAGACUUGCAAGUAAGAAGCUGAAGCAACGAAAGAAAGCGAAAGAAGAAGAAGAAGAAAAAGUGUUCAAGAAACCUUCAGGUGCCCUUCACAAUGUGCGGCGAAGUUGAGGCCUGGCGAAUCAAAACUGUCCUCAUCGCAAUAUUCGUCGUUUCUGUCUCGGCUGGAGACUGGGCACAAGACAUCACCAAUGGCAUCAGCAUAGGAGUCAGUGACGGCGGGUAUUCUAGGGUCGUCCUGGACUGUGAAGACGAACAUAUGGCCUUCAUCAUCAAUAUGGAAGAAGAGUUUGAGGGCGUCAUCUACACCAGGGGUAGUUUUCAUACACGCAAAGGACCUUGUUAUCUGGACGCCACUGGUGGGAAGGAGUUUGCCCUCAAGUUCCACGUCAAGGAUUGCUCAACAAAAUACGACGAUGACCUUGGUGCAUACGUGAACACGGUAGUGGUCCAGCACGACGAUGACCUCAUCUUCCCAGGUGACCUUGCCUUUGCACUUCGCUGUCACGACAGUGUCAUUGUCAACGCCACCAUGCCAGGGAUCAAGUCGAAGAUCACCUUGGUUGACCCUGACCCUGGGUCGAAACAAGACUCUAAAACCGAGUAUGCAGCCGCGUCGGCCUCCAGCGUCGUGACGCUAACUCCAGCUCGUCUUACACCACCCAAGGAUGAGCUGUAAUGUUGUAUUACCUCCAGACACGGAAAGGAGGUAUCUUGUAACCCGUAUGUCCAACACAGAACAAGUCUUUUCAUCGUCAUUGUUGACCUCUCCACAUAAGCCCUAAAAUGACCAAAUAGCUUCGUUAUCAUUUGACCGAUUGGUAAGUGUUGUCAAGUCAAGUGAUAAUGGUUUCUGUUGUCAGUCAUUUCACGUCCGUAGCACUGAACAGGGGGAAGAUAUAAAACCAGAUGACAUCAACUUCCCGUAAUUCCGUCCAAUAACUCUACUCUGAAGCGUUACCUAAUUGUGGACCUCCAGCUGAUUAACAGUUAACAAUCCAGAAGAUAAGGACUUCACAGCAGCUUCAUCUGGACAAAACUUUGGUGAUAAUUGUUCUGAAGUUACGAGACCCCUUCCUCGUCGCCCCCCACCCCUCCCCGCCCUUGUUUACCCGUAAAUAUGACUCCUUCUCCAGAGGGAUAAAUUUUGAUCUCAUUUAUAAGGACUAAGACACAAGUGAAUGAAAAAAGGCCUCCACUGAUGAUUUCUCAUGCCGAAUUCGGGGAGUCUUAUUACAUGAAUUCCAGAAGGUUCAGUUGUAGAGCAAAUAAAUUUAUGAAUGAACAACUUCCUAAACCCAGACUCCAUUGUUUGCCGGUAGUGACGUGCUUGCUUUCUGCAAACAAAUUAAAAAAAAAAAAGCAGAAUCCAAAUUUUUCGAAAAACAUUACAUGUGUGUGUGCUGUUGGUACUAAACCCUUCCACACAAGGAGGACAUGAGUAAAGGCUCAAUUUUCUCAUGCGUUGGAGAUGAGUAAUAGGUGUGCGCGCAUGAAUAAGAUCGGUUUUUAUUUUUUGUAGUGUCUUUCCUUUUGUUUAUUUGUUUCUAUGCUUUGGGCAGAAUUGUUGUUAUCGUUCUUUAUUGUAUCGGCCAAUACAAUUUAUGGUUGAAUAUAAAUUGAAAACUAGGGCAAGCCAAAGCUAGAGAAGACGGUUAAAUGCAAAAAGACCAAAAGGAACGAAUGAUAAGCAAAAAUCAGAAAGCUAGGCAGCUGCGGCCAAAAGGGGUUUACAGAGUCCCUUCAUCGCCGGCAAUAGUGCCCCUAAAUGGUACAUUGUAAUCAGCACCACUUCACAUAUCAAAAGUUAUCUUACAUUCCCUCCAAAAACAAUUUUUAAAUGCAGUGAACUUUUGACCAGGUGAGUAAUAAAAACAUCAGUAAUUAGUUUAUAUAUUUAUAUAUAGGGUAUGUAUAUAUAUG